CCUGUGUUGUGCUGCUGCUGCGGCUGCUGCUGCUCUUUAGAAAGGAAGGCAAGAAGCGAGCUGUAAAGCUGUCACUGGGUGUCGUAUUUUAUUGUUCCAUCAAAGUUGCAUAUCAGUAUGGCUGCAGAAAGUCCACAGCGGCAAAAGGUGAAGGCGAUUCUACCACCUGUGAAGGAAUGCAGCCACACUCUACAUUACUGCGAGGAAAACGUCUGGCUACUCUGCCGGCACGUGCGAGAGAAGUUCGCACAGGAGCUGCCCUUCUGUCACGCCGUCUUCAUCUCGAACCAGAACCAGACGGUGCCACUGUGGCGACAGCGCGCCGGCCGCACCGACGACAAGGUCGUCAUCUGGGACUAUCACGUGAUCUUCAUGUACCAGCCGGACAACCGGUGUCUGGUGUACGACAUGGACUCGGAGCUGCCGUUCCCCACCUACUUUCACAAAUACGUCACCGAGACGUUCCGCACCGACCAGAUCCUGCACCCCGAGCAUCACAGGUUCUUCCGCGUGGUGCCGGCCGCCGAGUUCUUGGAGACGUUCGCGUCGGACCGGUCUCACAUGAAGCGUGACAGCGGCGCCUGGGCGUCGCCGCCGCCGCCGUACCCGCCGAUCCGGACACAAGGAUCGGAGAACAACCUGCAGGCCUUCAUCUCGAUGGACCCUCGCGUCGGCCAGGGCCAGGUGUUCAACCUGCCUGACUUCGUCAACAAAUUCUACAAAAACUACGUUAACAUAUGAGCGUGUGCGUCCACCUAUCGGCUGGAAAUCGAAACUCAGUUUUGGCAGCCUCCGACCAGGCUGGCUCCAGGUUCGGAACCGCGAUCCAUGCGGACGCCAGCAGAACGAGACUCAACGAGUGUGGCCCGGCGUCCGCCAGCGCAUCUCUCGGCAUACAUAUAUUCCUCAUUGAUAAAGCGCCUUACUGUUCGCCUUAAUUUUGGUGUUAGUCUAGACUGGACAGGGCAGGCGUGGCGACGGCGCUGCCGUCUGGCGAGGCGGACGCGCCGCCGACCAUCUCCCUGUGACGCGUGGUCGGGUGAGAGCCGUGCCCCUGGCCGGGCCCGCGCUGGGCGCCCCCGGCGGCCCCGACGGCCGGCCGCCUGCGCUGUCGUCUGAGUCACACGCGCGGGGAGCGCCGCCGCCGUUUGGCCCGCUGCGGGCCGUCGCAGCCGAGGAGUUUGUCGCGAUGAGCGGUCCGCGCGCCGUGGGAGGCGCCGCGAGCUGUCAGGAAGAGGGCAGGCGAUGACCCGGAGCGUGUGGGAACGCUGCCUUGGAGUUUGUGCAAUAUCUUAUUGCGACUGCUUUCAGCUUACAACGCAUCAUUGUCGCGCUUUCGCAUGUCGGGCCGACUUUGGGUCCAGUGGCAGGUAGCAUUGUUUUCAGCGGUGUUCAUUUUCCAUGCGUUAUUGAGCAAGUUUCUAAGUUAACCCGAGUUCCUCUCAGCGACGUUUCGUUCUUAGAAAUCGCGUGUUGCGCAUAAACGUGUAAUUGCCCUCCGCCACGGUGGUUGAGCGUCCAGGUGUGUGAUCCAAGAUUGCCUUUCCAUUGUUACGGACUACAGGGCGUUAGAUCUGCGCAUCCCUGGUGCCACUUAUUGACGCAGUUAGAAAUUGCAAGUAGUUCUGUUUCAUUACGUUGUGAAGCAUGUGUUCAAAGCCCGUCUUGGCGCCGUCAACAGCUGUGAUUUUCUGCGAGACAUAUUCAUCGGCGUUUACCCAUCGUGCCACCCCCGAGCGCUUCGAAUUAGUGCUGACAGAGCGCAUUUUUGUGUGAUAGUUUUUGUUAGCUCUUAGCGAGCUUUUCGGUCUUCAAGUGUUUAGCCUCAGCCUUCCAUACUCUGUUGCAAUGGCCCCCGUGAUCGCUGACGCAAGGGCGCCGUCGGUAAGUUGCCGCCGUUGGCGUACUUUUGUUUCGCU